GUCAUUUACCACCACACACAUACAGAAAAAACACGCAUCUUCUCCGUUUUCAACAAUUUAGCUCUCUCUCAAGCAACCGCCAUUUUAGCUAACCACGAAAUUUUUACGCCAUUAAAGUAAAAAGUUUUUGGUUAGGUUUUUAAUAACAAAUAAUUGAUUUUUAAUUUGAUUAAAUAUCAAAAACAAGAGGAUCAUUUGUGUUGGAAUGUUGUACAAAAGAAAUAAAUAUUAAAAAAGGUUUAAAGAAUAAUAGAGAAAAAAAAAAAAAAAAACAUCAGUAAUUAUGGAUCCUCAUGAAUUAAAUCUCCAGUGGACAGAAGAAGAAGUAGUUCAUCAUGAAGAAGUAUGUGGUCUUGAUGAUGGCCACAUGCAGGAGAUGGAAAUUAUGGAAGGUGAUGUUAUUGGUGCAUGUGAAGAAGUAUCUGAAGGGGUGUGUAUAGAUGGUGAAGUACAUGAAGAAACAAUAAUUCAUACAACUGAUGAUCUUGGAACAAAUACAAUAAUGUUGAUGCAACAAACUAAUGAUAUGGAAGCAAUGUAUAUACCAGAAGAUCAAACACAUGAUUAUUUAAAUAUUCAAGUUACUGAAGAAGUUAUAACUGAUAAUUGGGAUCGUUCUGGUCCUGAUGAUGGAAUUCAUGUACCAGAAACAAAAGUAUCACAUGAUAAUUUACUUGAAUAUGAUGAUAUGGAAAUACCAUUACAAAGUGAACAAGAUGCAUCAAUAUCAUCACGUCCAUUUCCAUGUGAUUUUUGUUCACGUCGUUUUAGUAAAAAAGCAAAUUUAAUGAAUCACAUGGUAUCACAUCAAACUGAUCGUCCAUAUUCAUGUCAUUUUUGUGAUGCAAGUUAUAUACGUAAAUGUGAUCUUGCAAAUCAUCGUAAAACACAUGCUAUUGAUCCAACAAAUGAUUUACUUGAUGAUAAUUAUGAUGAUACAGAUUUAUUAAAUGAUGAUGAUGAUGAUCAUCAUAAUUUAGUACCAGAAAAACGUAAAAAACAAACAACAACACGUAAACGUAAAUAUACAACUAAAAAUACAUCACCAAAACGUAAUUAUACAAUAAAUGAAAGUAAAAAUAUUGAUAAAUAUAAUCCAAAUAGUUAUAAUUAUAAUGAUAUAAUUGAUAUUGGUAAUAAAUAUGAAACAACAUUAACUGGUACAUCAUCAUCAUCAAAAUGGAAUGAUGAAAUAGCAACAGAAGAAAAACCACGUUGGCCAAUAACAGAUGCAACAAAACCAUAUGUUUGUCAAUUAUGUGGUCUUGGUUGUGCACGUGGAAAAGCAUUAAAAUCACAUAUGCGUUCGCAUCCAGCAUCAUAUGUAUGUACAAAUUGUGGUGAUGGAUUUUGGAGUAUAAAAGAACUCAAAGAACAUACACGUAUUAAACAUGGUAUUAAUGAUGAUGAUGAUGAUGAUGAUAUUGAUAAUGAUGGUAUUAAUGAUGAUAUUGAUAAUUAUAAUCAAUAUGUUUGUGAUAUAUGUGGUGUAAUGUUUACACGUCAUGAAUCAUUAACACGUCAUCGUAAAAUACAUGUUAAACAAGAAUUAAAUGAUUUAUUAGAUACAUCAUUACAUGCAUGUAAUACAUGUGGUGAAACAUUUGAUACAGCAUUAUUAUUAUUAGCACAUGCUGAAAUACAUAGUGGUAAAAAUUCACAACAAUGUUUAUCAUGUGGUGCAAAAUUUCGUGAUGCUGAUGAAGUUGCUGAACAUGUACGUAAUUGUCAUGGUAAUGCAUCACCAAAUACAUGUCGUCAAUGUGGUAAACAAUGUAAAGAUAAACGUAGUUUAUCAAAACAUAUUUUAGUACAUAGUAAUGAUAAAUCAUUUACUUGUAUUAUAUGUGAUAAAAAAUUUUUAUCAAAAGCACGUUUACGUAGACAUAAAUUAUCACAUGAAAAAAAAACAGUAUCAUGUGAUGAAUGUGGUAUUCAAUUUGAAAAUGGUCGUGCUUUAGUAUCACAUAAACAUUCACAUAAAGAUACUGGUAAUGGUAGAAUAUUUCCAUGUAAUUAUUGUACAAAAACAUUUGGUUCACGUUCAUCACAACAAAUACAUGUACGUAUACAUACUGGUGAACGUCCAUAUAGUUGUAGUCAUUGUUGGAAAGCAUUUGCUGAUGGUGGUACAUUAAGAAAACAUGAACGUAUACAUACUGGUGAAAAACCAUAUGCUUGUUCAAUAUGUUCACGUGCAUUUAAUCAACGUGUUGUAUUACGUGAACAUGUACGUGCACAUCAUUCACAACCAGAUGCAGAUCAUAAAGAUACAUUAACACCAUAUUUUUGUGUAGUAUGCGAAUCAUUAUUUUCAACAGCUGAUGAAAUAAUACGACAUAUUAUAGAACAUUGUGAUGCUAAAACAGCACAAAAUAGACAACCACCAGUUGGUCCACGUAAAUAUAAACGUAGAAGAAAAACUAAAAUUGAUCAAAUAUUUUUAACAACAACAACAACAACAAAACCAUCAUCAUCAACUAAUAAUCAUUCAAAUGAUGAUGACGAUGAUGAUUAUGAUAAUAAUUAUGUUAAUAAUAAAUAUGAUAAUUUUGUUGAUGGUACAUCAGAUUCAGAAGAAAAUACAAAACGUAAAUUGGGAAAAAAAUAUAAAAAACAACAACGUAAUAUUAUUGAACAAGAAGGAUAUGAAAAUGUAUUAAAAUCAUUUGAAAGUUCAAUUAAUAAUAUUGAUGAAAUUGUUGGUAAUAGUAAAUUAACAAGUAAUAAAACUAAAAAUAAAAAAUUAAAAUUAAAAAAUAAUAAUAGUAAUAAUAGUAAUAAUAAUAGUAACAAUAAUAAUAAUAGCAGUAGUAAUAAUAAAAUUAUUAAUGAUGAUAAUAUUAAUAAUAAUAUUAAUAAUAAAUUAAAUGAUAUACCAUUAAAAAAUCAAUCUGGUAGACCAAAAAUGAUACAUACACAAAAAACACGUGUACCUGUUGAUAUUGGUACUGAUGGUGUUAAAAAAGGACAAAAAACUAAAACAAUGGUUACAAGAACACCACGUGUUAUGCCAAAUGAACAUAAAAGUGGUAUAUUUCCUGGUGGUGAACGUAAUAGACCAAGAACUAAAAAUGUCAGUUAUCAUGUUGAUGGUAGAAUACAAAUUGUACCAGCUGUUUUUGGUAAAAUUAAUAAUGAUGAUAAUAGAGCGAAUACAGCUACAUCAUCAUUAUCAACAACAACAACAACAACAACGUCAACAAUAUCAUCAACAUUACCAGUUAAUCUAUUAGCAAAUAUACACAUUAAAACAGAACCAUAUAUUUCAACAAGACGUUCAACAGCUGCUGCUGCCGCUGCUGCUGCAGCUGCAUCAUCAUCAAAUAGUAAUAAUAAUUUAAUGAAUACAAAAAUAAAAACAGAACCAAAAAAGAAAACAAUUAAAAAAAAUAAAAAACAUUUAAAAACAGGUUUUAAUGAAAAUAUUGUUGUUGUAAGUGGUAUUGGACGUGAAGAAAUAAUAUUACCUGAUUUACAAAAUGUUAAUCAUGAAGAAGAAAUAAUAACAAGAGAUGGUAAACAACAAAUAACACCACAAAGUUUAUUAUGUAAUAAUAUGCAUAUAUCUGAUGAUCAUGUUAUUACUGAAACAAUUGUUCCUGAUUCAGUUGAUUAUCCAUGUGAUAUGUGUGGAAAUAUUUUUUCAAGUCAUAGUGAAUUAUCAGCACAUGUUUCCAUUCAUAUUUAAUUUAGUUAUAUAUAUUUUUUUUUCUUUUUUAUGUAAAAUGAAACACAAGAUAUUUAUUAUCUUGAUUAUUAUAAA